AUGGGUUAUCCUGCAAUAUAUGGUGAGGUAGGAUUGCUAGAAAAGCUAGUUUGGUUGGAUUUAUUUAGAAAGGGAGAAAUUAAUACAUUAUUUUUGAGUCGUGUUGGUGAUACCGCACUUGAUCUACCUAUUGCAAAUGUGUGUAUAUAAAUAGGAUUUUAAUUUGGUUCAAAAAAAUAAGAAGUUUAAAGACUUGGUAGAAUUAUGAGAAGAAAAGAAGGACAAAAAGGAGAGUAUAAUGCUUUCUUUUAUACUAUUGUCUCUAAAAACACCGAGUAGGCUUAGUUCUAUUACAGAAGAUAAAAAUCUUUAAUGGAUCUAGGUAUUAAUUUUGAAGUUAUAGAUAUAGAUGAACAGAAUGGUAAUAAAUUUAAAUAUGAUCCAGAUAUCCUAGAUUAAAAAAUUAUAAGAGCUAGUGAUGAAAUAAUAAAAGAUGUAAAAAAAGAUGCUUGGUUUCUUAUUUAAGAUUAGCCUGAUAAAAAAGUAGAUGAAUAAGAUGAUGAUUGA